UGAACUUAAAUUAAGUAUUUAGAACUUUUGAGUUGCAGUUUUGUUUUGUUUUGUUUUUGCUUGGAGGUGUGACCACCAUCCAUCAAGAGAUCUCAGCAUUUUCUGACACUUUGUAAGAUGUUACUGCUGGGGUCUUUGCUUUUAGUUGCCGUCUCUGUUAUAUGCGUAGAGAAGGAGUAUUUUUACAAACCCAAUCCAGCCACAUGGGAUGAUGCUAGGUCUCGCUGUCAGGCCUGUUACAAAGACUUAACUACCAUCACCACACAAAAUGCAGAAGCUAUUGGUCUGAACCUUACCUCGGACUACUGGAUCGGCCUGCGGCAAAACAUGAGUGGUUUAAAAUUCUGGUCACGAUGGGCCAAUGGUGAGCCUGUCCUCUACCAGAACUGGUAUCCUGGUCAUCCUGUGCUGAAGAAAAAACCUGAGCCACAGCCCACAUGUCCACCACCACCAGCUAUUAACAAUACAAAGACAGAGGCAAUGCAGUGCCCAGCUUUCACACAACUCUGUGCCUGUCUAAAUUCAUCUAGUAGCUAUGAUGACUCUGUUCAAAUGUUCAGCACAACUAACAGUACAUCGACUGAGAAUAUGUGGUGUCCAGCCCUGGCAAAGCUCUGUGACUGUCUAAAUUCUCAUGAGGAAAAUGAAACUUCUCUUACAGAAUCAACAACCCCAGCUCCUACAAUGCUUCCAUCUACGCUUGUAUCUACACUUCCAAAUACAAGCUCCCCAGCAAGUAACAUCAGUAGUGACUUAGAGUCUGAAUAUAUUGAGGAUUCCUGUGUGGUCCUGCUCAGCUUUGGCAUGUGGCGGGAAAAGCAGUGCAAUCAACUCCUGCCCUACAUCUGCUAUGAUGAAAUAUUCUAUGGUGAUGUGCAAAUUUCCAGCGUGACACAAAGCGGAGCUUUUCUGAGUUGGAGUGAGGCAGGUGUAAAUAUUUCUCAGUACAUAGUAGUGAUCAAUGGGAAUCAAACAGCAAAUGUUACAAAUGGGACAAGCUACCAGAUUACAGGCCUGGAUCCUGGAUAUCUCUACAGAGUGCAGGUAAUCCCUGAGAAGUGUGGCCGAAACCUCAAUGCUCAGAAUAUCUCCUUCUACACAUUGCCAGAAGAGAUCAGAAAUCUCUCCAAAGUGAGAGUGGGAACAAACAACAUUGAACUUUAUUGGAAAGAAUCAAGAGGAACUAAUGUUUCCUACUUAGUAAAUAUCCAGCCUGGAAAUUCAAAUAAACCUUGUUUUAAUACAAAUAAUAAUACUUGCAAUAUAACCGAGCUACAACCAGGACAAAAGUAUAAUUUCACAGUUAAAGCUGUGGUCAAUGGAACCAUCUUUGGGACACCAGAUUACAUUAUUGCUUGCACCAAACCUUCUAAAGUGAUGAAUCUUACUUCUACAAACAAUGAUAGUUUCACCAUCACUGCAGUGUGGGAUUCACCUGAUAACAACAGCUUGCAAUACAUAUAUAACAUUAGUCUGGACAAUAUGCAUUACAAUCCUGGUUCUUUCAAAUACUUUACAAUGCCCUCCCUUUCACCUGGUACUAAAUACACAUUAAACGUGUCAGCAUUUGUACCAGACUGCUCCGAGGAAGGAGAAGCAGUAUCUAUCAGUGCCUACACCACACCGAUGUCUGUGAACAACCUACUACUGACCAGUGAUAAUGACAGUAUUAGUGCAACAUGGAACAAACCCAAUGGAAGCUUUGCUUGGUUCAAUGUGACUCUCUCAAGCUCCAUGACUGAGAACAUCUCAUAUACAACUAUCAGUACCAGUUACCUGAAUUAUACUUUCAGCUCUCUGAAAACAGCAGCAUUGUACAAUGUUAGUGUCAUUACAUAUGUGGAGAAAGACCUGAAUCCAAGCCAAGCAGCUAUUUCAUCAAUUUAUACCAGACCCAGUUCACCUGGGAAAGCCACAGUGGAAAACAUAAACUAUACUGCUGUAUCUUUAAGUUGGGAAAUCCCAGCAAACUCAGAAGGGGUUAAAAACAUAAAUUACUCAGUGGUAUAUGUUUCUGAUUUCUGGGAUGAAAAAGGAAAACAGAACGUAAUUGGAAAUACCUCUGUCAUCAUUGGUGGAUUAAGAUCUGGCAGCAAGUACAAAUAUAACAUCACAGUCCUGGCUGGAAAUUUGGAGAGUCUUCCCUCUGAGACCAGUGGAAUAACAAAGCCUGUCAAAAGAAGGCUAACUCUUGCACUGCUGUGUUCCUCUUCCACCGAACUUUAUUGCAUGGACAGCGUCAAUAUGGAAAAAGGUCUUAAAAAGCUGAGCAAUUUUAUUCAAAAUCAAUUUGAGGACAACAUUUCCUGGAACCUUACUUUGCAUUAGAGAAAUAUCAAGAAAUAUCACAAAUUAUUUUCUGAAUGUAUGCAAGAGUGUCAGUUUAGCUUUUUUAAUGUCAGUUACAUGAUUUCAGUGAUUAAAUAUUGGUAUAAUCAUUUAUGUUCCUACAUACCUAUCUACUUUGAUUUAUCUACUCUUAAUAUAAACUUUAGAUUUAUUACAGGCUCUAAAGCUUCACGCCUCUAACAAGUACAUACAUACUAAGAAUCAAAGUAAUGUGGCUGGUGCUUUAUAAACACAUUAAGUAAUGGAAUGGGGUACUCUCAAUAAAGUUUGAUUAAAUUAAAAUAA